AUGGCGCAGGUGAUGGAAGAAUCACUGCAGAAGGAAACGAUGUCUGGGUUGAAAGGAAAAAACGAAAUAAAAGAUGGUGAUGGUGAAAAUAGGGUUUCUGUUGAAGAAAACACGAGUCCUCUACAGGGGAAGAAUAUUGGUGCGGUUGUUACUAAGGGUGAAGUGAAUCAUGUCGAAGGUCAAGUGCCUGCGACAUCAAAUUCGGAGGAAAAAGGGGAAUCAUUGGGUCCGCCUCGUGACCUGAUGGUUUCAUCGCAAACAGUGGAUAAGGGGAAGUCUUGGACUUCGGUGGUCAAGGAUUCUCCGAGUUUGCAGAAAUUUGAGGUGGAUGUGGCUAUUGUUGAUGGAGUAGAGACGAUCUCUGUUCCGGAUUCGGUAUUUGACAAUCCACCUUUAUGGACAGACUGUAUUGUAGGGAAAUUAAUGUCUAAGGCACCACAUGUGGGUUCUAUACACAUGAUCGUUAAUAAAAUAUGGUCUGUGGGAGGUAAAGCAGCGAAUGUUGAAGUGUUUGUGGUAGAUGAUUCAACUGUCAAGUUUCGAAUUCGUGAUGCUAGUAUCCGAACUCGUGUCCUUAACAGAAGAAUGUGGAACAUUAAGAACGUUGGAAUGGUGGUGUUUAAAUGGAGUCCACUUGCAGAGGAAGCUCAACCGGAACUCACGUCAAUGCCGUUAUGGGUCACAUUUAAAAAUGUGCCACGCUCGCUCUACUCUUGGGCUGGUCUAAGCUUCCUCACUAGCCCUCUCGGGAUGCCCAAGAAGCUCCACCUAGACACCUUAUGGGCAAAAAACUUUGAUGAGGCAAAGGUGUUUGUUGAUGUAGACUUGACGAAGAAGUUACCAAACUCUUUUAACUUCAAGCUUAAGAACGGUAAAGAGACCUGUGUCAACUUUGAAUUUCCUUGGCUCCCCCCUCGCUGCACUUUGUGUGGCACAUGGGGACAUCACAACAAGGAGUGCUUGGCUGGACCGGGUACAAAAGAAAUCUUGAGAAGACCUACUUCCCCAAAGAAAGCAAAGCAGAGUCAAAUACCAAUUGUUGUAGAGCAGAGCUCAACUCUAGCGGUAGUAGAGAAGACAAAAACAGUGAUGGAUUCUUCGUCAAAGAAAGAGGUUGCAGAGAAUAGCAACACCAACAGAGUGGCUGCAGACUGUACUGUAGUGACCCCUGACGUUUCCCCAGCAAAGUUGGCAGAACUCCCGAGUCAGCCAAUAGUAGAAACAAAUAAAGCAAACGAACCGGAGAAAUUGCAGUGUGUCUCUCCCAACAAGGUGGGACGCCAAAAAACCAAAGCACAUGAGGACAUUGAGCUUGUGACUAACACCCGAUAUCUGGCUCUUUCGAAUGACGAGGAGUUAGAAACAGAGGCUUCUCAGUCGGGUGAUAAUGAGGCCGAUGCGGAACUAAGGGAUGAUGCUGAAUCCAUUCGAAGUGGCAGUAAGAAUGAGGAAAAAAGCUCAAAGGAGUUGGGUACUCGCCAAAUUUUGCCUCAUGCAUCAAAAACUGUAACAAAAACAAAUCCAGCGAACAAAUCUUCUUCUACUACGACGUCUGCUCAGAAGACUUCGGAAACUCGAGUGAAAGAAGCGAAAUCUGCGUCUAUCUUUUCGUCGGUGUUUAAUGGCUGGUCGUUUAAGAACAACUAUGAACAUCACCGAUUGGGUAGGAUUUGGGUUGUGUGGAAGGAUAUGGUCAGGGUUACUCCGGUCUUUAAGAGUUCUCAGAUGAUAUCAGUAUUGGUAAAGAUACCAAGUGAAGAGAAUGAGUUUUUAUGCUCAUUUGUCUAUGCCUCCAAUUUUGAAGAAGAUCGUAAGGUUCUUUGGGAUGAUUUGCAAAGUCAUUCUACCUCGCCUGUUUUGCGGAAGUUGAAAUGGGUAGUCAUGGGUGAUUUUAACGAAAUUGCUGCUAUAGAGGAAAGAUCAAAUUCGGACAAUUAUGCUGGUUCCGACUCUGGUAUGUAUGACUUUCAGGAUAUGAUCCGCGACUGCAGGUUCACAGAUAUGGGUCGCCAUGGUCCUUUGUUUACAUGGGGGAACAAGAGAUCAAAUGAUCUUAUUUGCAAAAAACUGGAUAGAGUGAUGAUCAACGAUGUGUGGCUGAUGAACUCUCCUUCAUCUUAUAUUGUCUUUGAGACAGUUGCGAAUUUUUGGAAGAAUACAUCGCCUCUGUUUGUCUCGACGUCAGUGCUAUGCACAAGGGCUUAUCACUGUGCCGUCAAAGCACGCACUGCGAAAAAUGGAAUCAGAGAGAUCAAAACUUCAGGAGGAGAAAUAGUUACAAAUCAGGAGGAGAUCAAAGAAGAGGCUGUACGGUUUUUUGAGGAAUUCUUAAACAAGGUUCCUACAAACUACCAACAUGUCGAGGAGGAUUUCAUAACAGGGCUGUUGGAUUUUAAAUGUUCAUCACAGGAUCAAGAGUUUCUUAUCAGGGAAGUAACUGAAAAGGAAGUUCAUGAUGUUCUAUUUGGUAUGGCGAGUGGGAAAUCACCAGGACCGGACGGAUACACAGUGGAAUUUUACAAAGCAGCUUGGCCUAUUAUUGGGAAGGAUUUUGUGAUCAGUAUUCAAGCUUUCUUUACCAAGGGUUUUUUACCAAAAGGGGUGAAUUCAACAAUCUUGGCUCCCAUACCGAAAAAAGAAGAUGCUAUGGAGAUGAAGGAUUACAGGCCAAUCUCCUGUUGUAAUGUCCUAUAUAAGGUUAUUUCCAAGAUCCUUGCAAACCGUCUAAAACUCAUUCUGCCUCUGUUUAUCGCCCCAAACCAAUCUCCUUUUGUUAAGGAUAGACUUCUUGUUGAAAAUCUUCUCCUAGCUUCUGAGCUUGUUAAAUAUUAUCACAAGGAAUCCAUCUCUCCUCGCUGUGCAAUGAAGAUUGAUAUCUCCAAAGCUUUUGACUCAGUACAAUGGGACUUUUUGAUUAUUAUAUUGCAAGCUCUGGGCUUUCCAACACAGUUCAUUCACUGGAUCAACCUGUGCAUAUCCUCAGCUUCUUUUUCUGUUCAAGUUAACGGGGAAUUAGCUGGUUAUUUUGGUAGCAGAAGAGGUUUAAGACAGGGUUGUUCUCUCUCUCCAUACCUUUUUGUCAUAUGCAUGAAUAUUCUCUCUAAGAUGAUUGAUAAAGCUGCAGCUGAAAGAAGAAUAGGGUAUCACCCACAUUGUAAGAAGCUAGAGCUUACUCAUCUCUGCUUUGCCGAUUACCUGAUGGUAUUUUCUGAUGGAAGUCUAGGCUCUAUGGAAAGCAUCAUUUCGGUUUUUAACGACUUUGCUACCAUAUCCGGGCUACAUGUUAGUCUGGAAAAGUCCACAGUUUAUUUAGCAGGUGUCGCAGGAGACCUACGAGCCACUACGCUUGAGAACGUACCAUUUGUAGCAGGAACUCUCCCAGUUCGCUAUUUAGGGUUGCCGCUCCUCACCAAGAAAAUGACUAGAAUGGACUAUGCACCUCUCAUUGACGGACCUGAGUUAAAUACCAAGAAAGCUAAGGUUGCUUGGAGUGCGGUUUGCGUGCCAAAGAAGGAAGGUGGCCUUGGUUUGAAAAACCUUCGCAAUGCAAAUGAUGUCUCUGUUUUAAAAUUGCUGUGGAGAUUACUUACUUCAAAAGAAUCAUUCUGGGUUCGCUGGAUUCACUCGAGAUAUAUUCAAGGAGCUUCUGUGUGGGCAAUUCGAAAUCCAACUAGUUCUUCACCAGGUACAUGGAUGUGGAAACAGAUCCUUAAAAUCAGGGAAAGAGCUCGGGAUUUCUUGCGAAUGAACGUAAGGAAUGGGAAGGGAACUUCCUUCUGGUUCGAUCACUGGUCAUCUAUGGGCCCUCUGGUGGAACUAACAGGAGAGAGAGGGUACAUUGAUCUUGGUAUGAAUUCAAAAGCCACAGUUGCCACAUCGAUCAUUUCGCACAGAAGACGGAGACACAGAUACCCCAUUUUCAACAUUGUGGAGGACAUGAUCGACGAAGCUCGAAUUCUGUAUAAACCUGAUGAGGAUGACUUGGUACUCUGGAGAUACAAACAGGAUGAGUACAAGAACCGUUUCAGUACAAAACAAACUUGGGAACAAUUAAGGGAACCACAUCCUCUUGUUCCCUGGCGUAGGGUGGUGUGGUUCGCUCAUAACACUCCCAAGUUUGCUUUUCAGGUCUGGAUUGCUAUCUUAAAUCGACUUCCCACAGGCGAACGAAUGCUAACAUGGAGUGAUCAUCUUUACACAUCAUGUGUAUUCUGCCUUCACCCGAUAGAAUGCAGGGAUCAUUUGUUCUUUGAUUGCCCUUACACAGCUCAUAUAUGGACUGCACUAGCAAGAGGUCUUCUCGGUAAUGACUUCACCUGUGAUUGGGAGGAUUUUUUGGCUUUCUUAAUUUGUCAGAAUCAAGGGCGCCUACAGGUCUUCACAAUUAAAUACUUGUUUCACAUAACCAUCUAUUACAUCUGGGGUGAAAGAAACGCAAGACGACAUGGCGAGGACUUUUUCACUUCGCAGCAGCUGAUAAAGCGGAUAGACAACGGCAUGAAGAAUAGAUUCAACUCUAUUCGCCUCCAAGGGGAUCAGAAGUACGAGGAAGGAUACCAGUUUUGGCUAGCAUUUAGUCCUUUAUAG